CUUAAUCAUAACUUUCUUGGCUAUAGUUGCUGUUUAUCCUUUUGUGAUGCUCCUCAAAUGAUGUGUUAGAGAGAGUGAGAUCAAGCGGAAGAUCUCAUGAAACAAUCUUGCAAGAAAAAUUCUGGAACUUUUCAAUUUUUCUGUUUUUAUCAGAGUUAUGAUUGAAGGUUUUCAAAUUUUGCUAAUUACAAGUGUUUCAGAGAUAUCAAAUAUAGAUACUUCUUCUUUGAAAUAUCAGGUCUCAAUUGGGUUCGCUUUUGUAUGUGUAGCUUGUUGAACAGCUUGUCUUCUCUUCUCUUUCUAUAUCUUCUAUUCAACCAAAGAUAUCUUUGAUCCAGAUGAGACCUACAAGUUAGCAGAGUUCAUCACAGGAGUUUCAGACUCAAAAUAUUCCAGAAUAUACUCCUUUGCAGCACUUAUAAGAAGGACUAUGAUGAUUCUAGCCCUUAUCUUACUACAAAAUCUUGAUUCCUUUUAUCUAGCAUGAAUACUAUCAGCUAUCCAAAUUUUGUAUUUUCUUUUCAUGAUAUUUGCUCGACCAUUUGAAAAAGUAGAAAAUAACAUCAUUGAAAUUGUUAAUGAGUUUAUUUUCUUGACACUCAGUUUCUUCCUGUGAGUAUUUAACUCAGAAAGUGAAUGGACUCCAACUGUGACUAAGACUUUUAGCUUCAUAAUCCUAUCUAAUUCAUUGAUCAUCACCUUCAUCAUUCUCUUGACUCUUCUAAUAACAAUAGUAAUCAAAUGAUCAUCUAAAACAAAAUCUAAACUCCUACCCACCAAAAUAACCCCUACCACACUAGAAAGAGUCCCCAAAAGAUCCUACACCACUCACCAAGAGUCUGAAGUGUCCAUAAUCCGCAUCUCUGUUCGCACUUAAAAUCUCCAAUUCAACUCAAAAA